AUGGCCACGAGCACACCUCGCCUCGGUCGCAAGAUCAACCGCCCGACCGGCGCCCUGCGCACGCCUGCCUGCGCCCCUUGUGCUCAACGCCGUGUCAGGUGUGACGGCGGCAGCCCGUGCCAGGCGUGCUUGCGUCUCGCGGCGUGGAAGGGCAGGCCUGCUCCCGCGGCGUGCGACUACGACGGCCUCGUCCCGGCUCGCAAGAACGGCCCUCUACCGCCAGCACUCGCCGCCUACAGCAACACUGAAGCCUCGACCUCGACCGCCGUCCCGUCUGCCCAGCCUCCUCCUCCACCAGCUCGCCCACCCCCACUCAAGGAGCGCCCCACCACCUCGACCUCGGCAACGGGCAAGAAGUGCAGGAGGAGCCGAGGGCCGGCACUCCAAAAGGGCCUCGCCUGUCUCGCCUGCAAAUCGCGCAGGAUCCGGUGCGACGGCUCGAAGCCGGCGUGCGGCGCGUGCGUGCGUCGCCAGCUGCGCAGCGGCGACGAGCUCGAGUGCGUGUACCGCGCCGACCUGUUUCGGCUGGCGCAGGAGCCCGGGCAGGCGGGAGGAGGCGGGCUCGAGGUCGAGACGCCGAGGCCCGAGCAGGAGGUCGGCGUCGACGCGAGGGCAGUCGUCGAGGAGGACGAGCGAGAAUACGGCAUGGACUUGGUCGUCGACGAGAUGAUGCCACCGCCUCCUCCCCCAUCCUCCACGUUCACCCACUCGCCAUUGUCCCUCCUGCCGAGCAUCCUCCCCGCCCUACCGCCCCUGCCGAGCACCUCGUCUCCCUCGACUGCCGCCGCCGCCGCCGCCGCACCGACCUCGUUCCCGCCGUACCCUCUCGAAUCCUUCGACGCCCCGAGCUACUUCACCUCGUUCCCGCCGCGCUCGUCGUCCCUCUCGUCGACCGCGUCCACGUCGACCUUUACCCCGACCGCGACCCCGACCCCGUCCGACCUCGACCUCGACGAGCUCCUCUCGUCGUGCUCGUCGUGGCCCUCGUCGCCUCGCACGCCCCUCUUCGACCCGCACGCGUUCGCGACCCUCCUCCGCCGCGACAACUACCCGCCUGUCCCAUACCCUCCUCCUCCUCCCCCUUCUGCCCUGCCCGUCUCCACGACGACCACGGCGGCGGCCCUCGGCGCCGCACCCGGCAUCAACCCGCACUGGACCGACGCCGCAUGCGCGCUCAGCAGCGUCCCCGCGCUCGAGCUCGGCGCGCUCGCGCUCUACUCGUGGGCCGACGUCGAGCCACUCACGGCGAGGCCGGGCGGCGGCGACGACCGCGAGGGCGGCGAGCUGGGGGCGCCGGGCGACCUCGUCGUUGGCGGGUGCGGCGGCGGCGGCGGCGGCGGUGGGUGCGAGGCGCAGGGCGAGGCGUAUGGCGAGGUCGGCGACGUCAUGUUGACGCUCCCGAUCGAGCCCGUCUUUGCGAGCGAGUGGAGCGGGACGGGAGGCGGAGCGGCUCGCUGAGAAGGGAGGGGCCUGAGCGCCGGCCGCAAACUUCUUUUGUCUCGUC